AAAAAAAUGUUUUAUUUACUAAAGCCGGCAGCCGCCGCCCACCAUCUUCAACCUCCUUUUUCUUCCUUUUCUGGCGAAGUUUGAUCGAUGGCUCAGACAACCCCAAACCACACUCAGACCGUCCAUGGCUGGGCUGCCCACGAUCCUUCUGGAACCAUCGCUCCUUACACCUUCAAACGCAGAGAGAAUGGAGUGAAUGAUGUAACGAUCAAAAUCCUCUACUGUGGAAUUUGCCACACUGAUCUGCACUAUGUCAAGAAUGAAUGGCGGGGCAUAUCCAUAAUGUACCCUAUCGUCCCUGGUCAUGAAAUUGUGGGGACUGUGACCAAAGUGGGCAGCAAUGUGGCCGGAUUUAAGGUCGGCGACAGGGCCGGCGUCGGCGGCCUGGCGGCGUCGUGCCUCGACUGCCAACAUUGCCGCGACGGGCAAGAGAAUUACUGCGAUCAGGUUCGGUUCGUGUUCAACGGAAUUUUCUGGGACGGAAGCAUCACAUACGGCGGAUUCUCCGAAUUUAUUGUAUCAGAUCACAGGUAUGUUGUGCACGUGCCUGAAAACUUGCCGAUGGACGCGGCGGCGCCUCUUCUUUGUGCGGGCAUCACCGUGUUCACGCCAUUGAAAGAUCACGACUUGUUGGAGUGCAAGGGGAAGAGGAUAGGGGUAGUUGGCCUCGGAGGGCUCGGCCACAUCGCCGUGAAAUUCGGGAAGGCGUUUGGGCACCAUGUAAGUGUAAUUAGCACAUCGGCGUCGAAGGAGAAGGAAGCCAAGGAGCGAUUAGGCGUCGACGACUUCAUUUUGAGCAACAAUGUUGAACAAAUGCAGUCGAAGAGAAAAAGCUUGGACUUUAUUGUCGACACAGUUUCAGCCGAACACUCCCUCGGCCCAAUUCUUGAGCUGCUCAAAGUGAAGGGGACUUUGGUGGUUGUCGGCGCGUCCGAUAAACCCAUGGAACUCCCUUCGUUUCCUCUGAUUUUCGGGAAAAGGGCAGUGAAGGGGAGCAUCGUCGGGGGCAUGAAAGAGCUGCAAGAGAUGAUGGAUCUGUGUGGCCAACACAAUAUUACAUGCGAUGUUGAGGUUGUCCGAACCGAUGAAAUUAACCACGCGCUUCGCCGCCUCGCCGAUAAUGAUGUUAAGUAUCGCUUUGUUAUCGACAUUGCCGGAAGCUCAUCUUCGAAAGGGUAGGAACGUUACAUGUGCUGCUAAUACGAUGUUGUCGUCGCAAGAUGUUCCGAAUAUGUUGUUUGUUGGUUAUUUUGUUGUUAUUGGAUUUAUUCAAAAGUAAUGAAUGCCGUAUCGAACUA